GGCGCCGGGAGCCGAAGUCAAACCGACUGGUCUGGUCCAGCCCCGACUCUCCUCACUCCCACUCCCACUCCCCACCGCCACGCGCGUCGCCGGCUCGCCGCCAUGUGCUCCGGCGACUAAGCGAGGUAGCAUGGCGCUGAGGACGGCGCUCCCGGCGCUCCCCCGGGCCUUCGCGUGCCGCCAGCGGCUGGCCACGCGCGCCUCGUCGGCCCGGGUGGAGGAGCAUGACGUCGAUCGCCCCAACACCCGGAGCGCCCGCCGGGCGUUCGACGGAAGUCCCGACCGGGACGCCGCGGCGGGGGGAAGCUCCGGCUCCAGCCGGGACGCCCUCGUCGAAUGCGCGCGGCGCGGGAUGGGGCGGGAGGCGCUGGGCCAUUUCUCGGCCGCGCGGCGCCACGGCGGCGAACGCGUCGACGGCGCCAUGCUGUCCUGCGCGCUCAAGGCGUGCGGGGCGAUGCCGGGCUGCUGCAGGGCCGCCGGGGAGCAGCUGCAUUGCCUGUGCGUCAAGUGCGGGCUCGACCGGGCCGACGUCGGCGUCGGCACGGCCCUCGUCGACGUGUACACGAAGUGCGGCGGCGUGGAGGAUGCCAGGCUGGUGUUCGAGGGGAUGCCGCAGAGGAACGUCGGCACGUGGACGUCGUUGCUCACCGGUUACGCCCAGGGCGGCGCGCACUCGGACGCCAUGGCGCUCUUCUUCAGGAUGCGCGCCGAGGGGAUAUGGCCGAACCCGUUCACGUUCACGAGCGUCCUCUCCGCGGUGGCGGGCCAGGGCGCGCUCGACCUUGGGCGGCGCGUGCAUGCUCAGUCGGUGAAGUUCGGAUGCCGCUCGACAGUUUUCGUGUGUAAUUCCCUGAUGAACAUGUACGCGAAGUGCGGACUGGUUGAAGAAGCCAAGGCUGUGUUCUGUGGGAUGGAGACCAGGGACAUGGUGUCGUGGAACACGUUGAUGGCAGGCCUUCUGUUGAACGGGUGUGAGGUGGAGGCCCUGGAGCUGUUCCAUGACUCGCGAGCAAGCAUGGCGAAGCUGUCACAGUCGACCUACUCGACGGUGAUCAAGCUAUGUGCAAACCUCAAACAGUUGGCCCUGGCACGGCAGCUCCACAGCUGUGUGCUAAAACAUGGGUUCAGUUCAGAUGGCAAUGUCAUGACAGCCAUUAUGGAUGCCUACAGCAAGUGCGGCGAACUGGAUGAUGCUUUCAACAUAUUCUUGUUGAUGUCAGGAUCGCAGAGUGUCGUUUCAUGGACUGCUAUGAUAGGCGGGUGCAUUCAGAACGGUGACAUUCCUCUUGCUGCCUCACUCUUUAGCAGAAUGAGAGAAGACAAUGUCAAGCCAAAUGAGUUCACCUACUCGACGAUGCUCACAACAUCACUGCCAGUCUUGCCUCCCCAGAUUCAUGCGCAGAUCAUCAAAACCAACUACCAGCAUGCACCAUCUGUCGGAACUGCACUUCUUGCCUCAUACUCAAAGCUUGGAAGCACUGAAGAAGCCCUCUCUAUAUUUGAAACCAUUGACCAGAAGGACGUUGUUGCAUGGUCUGCAAUGUUGUCGUGCUAUUCCCAAGCUGGCGACUGCGAUGGUGCCACAAAUGUGUUCAUGGAGAUGUCCAUGCAAGGCAUGAAGCCAAAUGAGUUCACUAUCUCUAGUGUCAUCGAUGCAUGUGCUAGUCCCACCGCUGGCGUUGACCAGGGUAGGCAGUUCCACGCUGUUUCGAUCAAAUACAGAUACCAGGACGCUAUCUGCGUGGGCAGCGCACUUGUCAGCAUGUAUGCAAGAAAAGGGAGCAUUGACAGUGCUCGAAGUGUCUUUGAGAGGCAGACAGAGAGAGACUUGGUGUCAUGGAACUCGAUGAUAUCAGGGUAUGCGCAGCACGGUUACAGCAAGGAGGCCCUUGAUACAUUCCGUCAGAUGGAAGCUGCGGGCGUCGAGAUGGAUGGUGUCACAUUCCUUGCGGUUAUCAUAGGAUGCACUCAUGCUGGACUUGUACAAGAAGGCCAGCGAUACUUCGAUUCCAUGGUUAGAGACCACAAGAUCAGUCCCACCAUGGAGCAUUAUGCGUGCAUGGUGGAUCUCUACAGCCGCGCAGGCAAGUUGGAUGAAACAAUGGACCUUAUCGGAGGCAUGCCGUUCCCAGCGGGUGCAAUGGUAUGGCGCACACUGCUAGGCGCAUGCAGAGUUCACAAGAAUGUUGAGCUUGGGAAGCUGGCCGCAGAGAAGCUGCUAUCGCUUGAGCCGCUCGAUUCGGCUACAUACGUGCUGCUCUCCAACAUCUAUGCGUCCGCAGGGAAGUGGAAAGAGAGGGAUGAAGUGAGGAAGCUCAUGGAUUCUAAAAAGGUGAAGAAGGAAGCUGGAUCCAGCUGGAUUCAGAUCAAGAACAAGGUCCAUUCCUUUAUAGCCUCCGAUAAAUCGCACCGUCUGUCCGACCAGAUAUACACAAAGCUGAAGGCGAUGACAGCCAGGUUGAAGCAGGAGGGUUACUGCCCGAACACGAGCUUUGUGCUCCAUGACAUGGAACAAGAGCAGAAGGAAGCCAUGCUGGUCACGCACAGUGAGCGGCUGGCUCUUGCCUUCGGUCUGAUAGCUACGCCACCAGGGACGCCCCUUCAGAUUGUCAAAAACCUGCGGGUCUGUGGGGACUGCCAUGUGGUGAUGAAGAUGGUGUCGGCGGUUGAGGACAGGGAGAUCAUCAUGCGAGACUGCAGCAGGUUCCACCACUUCAAAUCUGGUGCCUGCUCUUGUGGUGAUUUCUGGUGAUGUAGAGCAGAACAAACUGACAGUGGAUAUAGCAGACUGGCAAUGCCAUCCACAACAAUGUGACCUGCAAGUAGGCUCUGGAGUUCAUGAGUAUGUGUUGUCUGAAGCCCCAAUAUCAGCUAUACAAAGGUAGAAGCUUAUAGGUAGUGGUUCUUGCCUGUUUGCAGGCGAGUGCAGCACCCAAUGUAGUAUAUGAUCUUGUUCAUCCUGGUGCAUAUCUGUUUUUUGGCUCUGUUAUGGACUCGUCAUUUAUUGGCCUGGAUUGUUGCCUACUUUUUGCCAGAACAGGUGGGUGACCAAACUUUUUGUGAAGUAAUGAUCCCCUCUUACAUCUAUGGCAUGUGGGACAGGCCACCAUUGGCAAUUCAAAUUUUGUGUGAGCCAUGUUUUCACAGCUGUUUGGUUAGAGACCAUUUUUUGUGAAUGCGCUUGCACUUUGAUCAUGAGUAACAAGGGUAAAGUGGUGGUGUAUGACUAGGAAUCCAAACACAAACCUUUUGUUCUCAUCCAUCCAGAUAUAUAGAUUAAAAGAAGUACACUUUGAUUAUGCAAA